UUCAGAGCUGCUCCCCCUCCUGAAGCAGAAGAGGCGUGCUGCUGCUGUCUUUCUCCGCAGAGUGGGGACUCAGCCCGGCCAGAGAGGGCUCACACAAGAGAGGAGGGUCACUAAAUAAAGUACAGACCGCUAUGGGGGACGCACUGCACCGCAGAGAAACGAAAACGAUCGAUUAGUUCACAUGUUUAAUGAAGAACAUGCGGGUGGAUCACACGACAGUUUAGGUGAUUUUGCAUCAAAACGUUAAGCAGCAACGUUCGGAAGUACCUGAAUACCUGCAGUGUGUUUCGCUCUUAGCCUUGGUUCGGUGACAUUGAGAGACACACAGAGGGGGAUAGUGGGACUUUAAAAGGGAGCAGGAGGAAAGUUUCUCAAGCUUGGAGCAGACACAGCGGCGAAACAAUGCUGCUGACCCCGACAAAGUGCGUUGCAUCGGCAGCCCUGCUAAUCCUGCUGUUUGUCCGCUGGUCCGACAGCAUUUCGUUGUCUUCCCAAGAGGCAAACCAGUUUCUGAGCAGACACAGGAGAGCAAAUCAAGUUUUCGAGGAGACGAAGCAGGGUCACUUGGAGAGGGAAUGUGUGGAAGAAAAGUGCUCCAAAGAGGAGGCCAGAGAAGUGUUUGAGAACGACCCGGAGACUGACUACUUCUAUCCCAAGUAUUUAGCCUGUAUGGAGAAGUUUGGAGAUGCUGAAAAGAAGAAACAGGAUCUGAUAACGUGUGUCCAUAAUAUACCGGAUCAGUGCUCUCCUUCUCCCUGUAAUCCCAGAGGUACAGUGCGCUGCGAGGACAAAAAGGGCGACUUCCUCUGUCACUGUUUCACAGGCUGGGCAGGAGCCAGAUGUGAGAAAGAUGUCGAUGAGUGCAGCAAGACAAACGUAGGGUGUGACCACAUAUGCAACAACACUAUGGGCAGUUACCGCUGCUCCUGUCACGGAGGCUACAUGUUGGUCGGACGCCACAUGUGUAAUGAUGUGGAUGAGUGUGAGGACCCAGGUGUGUGUGGAACAGCGCGAUGUGAGAAUAAGGAGGGCAGCUAUGAUUGCUUGUGUGAUAUCGGAUAUGUCUACGACAACGAAACCAAAAGCUGUGUUGAUGUGGAUGAGUGUGAGGCGGGUGUGUGUGCAGAGGAGUGUCUGAACACGCCGGGGAGUUUCCGUUGCUUCUGUGAUGGUCGUCAGGGCAUGAAGCUGGGCCAGGACCUCAGGAGCUGUAAGCCGAUAACCCCCUGCAUGUCGCCGUCUCUGAAGAGGAACUCUCGCUCGCUCUACCUGGGCCGCAUGUUCAGCGGCGUGCCAGUGGUGAGGCUGCGUUUCCGCCGCCGGAUUCAAACUGGCUUUUCUGCAGAGUUUGACUUCCGCACCUACGACCCUGAAGGGGUGAUCUUCUUCGCCGGGGGUCACCUUAACAGCUCCUGGAUCGUGCUGGCAAUGCACAAUGGGCGGCUGGAGCUUCAGCUGAAAUACGGCACAGUCAGCAGGGUCACCAGCAGCGGACCCAUCGUCAGUGACGGCCAGUGGAGAAAGAUCUCGGUGGAGGAGCAGGGGCGGAGUCUGGUGAUUAAGAUUGACAGGGAAGCCGUCAUGAAGAUUGCAGUAAAUGGUGAUCUGUUUACGCUGAAGAAAGGCAUGCAUGAACUCAACCUCACCGUGGGAGGAGUCCCAUUCAGAGAGGACGGCCUCUUCAAUCAGGUGAACCCCCGUAUGGACGGCUGUAUGAAGGAGUGGAAGUGGUUGACAGGCGAAGAUACUUCCAUACAAGAAACCGUUCGGUCCAAUGACAACAUGCAGUGUUUCAGCACCGAGGUUCCUGGAGCGUAUUACCCCGGCACAGGCUUCGCUCUCUUCAACAUCAGCUGUGGUGCAGUGUAUGAAGAAUCCCAGAACCUUAGCAUACAGUUGACCCUGCGUCCAACCUCAGCCAUCGGAGUCCUGUUUGCACUUGUUCACCAGGACAGAGUCCCUCUCUCCAUCGUGCUGGCCGACUACCAUCCCGGCACCGAUGAAUGGCGAGAUUAUAUUCUGGUGUCUAUAGGUGAUGUCAUUGUUGCCAACUCUCCUGCACCCCUGUGUGACGGGGACAGUCAUGACAUCCAGGUGACGAUCUCAGGAAACCAAACCCUGCUGCUGGUCGACAGCAAGUCUGGACGUAGUGAAGACGCUGAUAUUCCUUUUGACAUCUUUUCACAGUCCAGCAUCUUUGUAGGAGGCCUUCCUGAUGUUCCUCUGGUGACCACGCUGGUGUCGGCGCCCUACAGCGGCUGCAUGGAGGUCAGUGUUAACGGACACCCUCUGGACUUGGACCAGGCCAUCCACAAACACAAUGACAUCCGCUCGCACUCCUGCCCCCUGCUGGACUCUCGCCAGUGACCAGAGCAAAUGAUGCAUUAGCAGUUCAUAGAGGCAGUGGGGAUUAUUUCCAAUAUAUUUAUAAAAGCUUUGACCAGUGGGGAGAUGAUUUUGAUUGGAAGGUAAAACACACAUAAAAGCUAUGCCAGGUUUCGUGGUUCAGCUAAAGCCUUAGACCAGGAUCCCCCAUGUCCCUUUACUGUGACGACACUGCUGCCUACAGGCACUGGCAGGGAUUUUCACAGUAUUCUCCGUCUAAUGACUCCAUAAGGAGUUAAUAAGCCAAUCAUCUAUGUCCCCUGUACAACAUUGCCUGAAAUACUGCCCAUGCAUCACAGCCUGUAAGCCCAUAAGAACACACAGGGCCUUAUCUAAAGCUAUGUCCAAUGGUUGGUCUGGGGUCAGCAUACUACGUCUGGCGUCCUGUGCUUAAUGCAGGUUUGACGGGAACUUUGUAGGCACAGUGACUCUUUGCUGCGGCAACUCCGCUGAUAGAGCUGCGGUCAUGUUGCUUACUUCCACUCUACACAACGACCCCGCUCAUGUAGAAAAAAAAUGGGGACCAGAUCAUAAGCGUUUCAUCGGCUUCCCUUAUUCAAAGGAAAUCACUGAACAUUGCUCAGAUCUCCGAGAGUGUUUGAUUCAUCAUGAUUUUAGGGGUUGAUUGGGGACUAAAUCCACCUUAUUUGUUCCUUACAAGAUCAGCCCCCUCUGUCACCCCCGCAGGGCGGCCUGGUGUUAGGCACAACUUUGUGUUCUGUAGAAAACUUUGCACAUUGUUGCAGGUAGCAAUGGACUGCGCGUGAAGCCAAUUUCCUCCCCACCAAAGCAGCACUCCAUGUCUGCCUGCAACCUUAAAAAUCAACCGUGUGCCUACAAAGAACAACCAACCCAAACUUCACAGCAGCUUCCCUCCAAAUAGGUGAAUCAUAUCACACAGGUGCAGUACUGUAACACACAAACAGAUAAUGCUUUGCAUUGCAGUUAAAACACUAUGCAUUUCCACCUGUGCAUUCUGCAGUACGACAGUCUUUUAAAGAUUUGACUGACACCCUGAUUCUCAAUAAUCCUCACAUGAUGAUAGAUUAGUCUCAGAAGCACAGACGGGAAAGUGCCCUCUCCAUUAGGAGAGAGUGAGCACUGAAUUGAACGCACGACACAAGCUACUGAGAGUAAAAAGAGUGCGCUGUAAUAUACUGAGUAUGUAAAUAAUGUGACUGUACAAUGCUUUAUAGAAGACAGAAAAACACUACCUUCUGCUCACUGAGGUUUCCUGCACAUUUAAUUUGAUCCAGUAAUCUGAGGCUCUGCACUUCUCUUCACUUCAUCUGCUUCCUAAAAACAUUUGGGUAACAAAGACACAAUUCUUAUCUUGAAAACGGAAGGGGGAGUCUGCCAGAGCAAUAUCCAUGGAUCCAAGGGUCGUACAUCUUUGGGGACUCAAUUUUUAAUUUGAUUUGAUAGGUGCUGAGCAAAUGAAAACACAAUUAAAAGAGAGAAUGUCAGGAGCAUUGUCUGAGAAUGCCAAAAGGGCUCCAGUGUUAUUUUACUUCCCUCUGUAAUGUAUCAUUUUCCAGAUUUCUGAAGAAUGAAUGCCAGAAUAUAGAGCUUCAGGACUUAUUGUAUUUUUUAUCAUGUGUUGUAUAUUGAACUUGUCUUUAGUUUUCAUUUUUCACUUUCACUAACUGCCAGUAUGUGUACAAUGGUGAGAGGUGUCUGCCUUUUGAGUUUCAACCUUCCUCUACAGUGAAAAUGCUAUUUAAACAAAAAUAAAAGCAGUUGUAUGAA